AAGACAGCUUCGUUGCCAGACUUGACUCCCGACUGACUUCAGCAUGGGAGAUUCGCAUCUCCAUCCUUCCACUCUUCUCUCUUGACUCGUCCUACACGCACGGGGGUCGCGUCGCAGCGAUUGAUCAUGAACUCGAAGUCGCUGCGUCGUCUCGCCACCGACCAUGGCUCGUUGCACACCGCCGGCCUGCCGCCGAAUUACCUAUUCCCACCGUCCUACGAAUCCUCCGACCUGACAUCCCUCGAUAUCUUCCUCGCGGGUCCUGAAGGAACUCCCUACGUGAACGGCGUUUGGCGCCUCCACCUCGAUAUUCCUCCUACGUAUCCUACUGCUCCACCGACGGCCACGUUCCGCACGCGGUUAUGGCAUCCCAACAUUGACGAAGCGACUGGCGCUGUCUGCGUCGAGACACUGAAGCGCGAUUGGAGUAGCUCAUUGAAGCUCAGAGAUGUGCUUGUCACGAUAUCGUGUCUUCUGAUACAGCCGAAUCCCGCGAGCGCGCUGAAUGAGGCCGCUGGGAAGCUCGCCAGCGAUGAUUGGGAUGGUUUCUGCAGGAGAGCGAAGCUCAUGACGGAGAUUCAUGCUGCGAUCCCCAGCAAUCUGCUAGAGGAGGUCCGAGAAGCUCAGAGGAGGGGUGAAGAGAAGGAGGGCAAGGAGCAGGUCAAAGAAACCGAGUCCAAGCUGAAAGGCAAGGGCAAAGAGCACGUCAAAGCUUUGCCGACUGGGUCUAAGGCUCAGGGCACGGCUGCGGAAGAUGAGGAGAACUAUAAGCGGCGAGGACAAACGCCGGAGCCUGAGAGUGACCCAGAGAGCGAUUGGAUCCCCGGCCCCAUCACGUCGCUGAAGGCAUUACCCGCUGGGAGGAAUAACAUCUUCGGUAUAAAGGGUCUUGAGGAUGGCAUGGAGCUGGACAGUCCGCUCAAGAAGGCAUAUCCUGUCGUAUCAAGAGGAUUGGACCAGGAAGACAAGGAAAAUGAUGACUCCGACCCGUUCAUCACUGUGCCGCCAAAAAGAAGCGCUCAGCAAUCCUUCAGUCUCCGCGUCCCUGCUAUCCCAUCGGCAACCACGGCCGCUCAAACUUCCACAGGUACCCCCGAACCCCUCAAAUUCUCCCACCAGAACCCCUUCUCCGCCAUCCAACCCAACAACCAGACUCAUCCUCUCAUAAAAGAAUUCUCAUGGUCCUGGGAGCAGUCCGAGAUUCUUCACGGAACGGGCACGAUCAAGGGUGGCCCCACCAAGCCCGAGGUCCGUAAGAGGAUGGCGGGGGAUGAGUGGGAGCAGAAGAGGACUUGGGAGCUGAAGAAGUUUAAGAAGACAGGCUAUGAUCUGAAGAAGUAUAAUAGGGGAGAUUUUGGGCCGAAGACAGGGAUCGCUCGGCUAUGAGCUGUCGUGCAAGAGCCGUAACGCGUCACGGUUUUGGCAUACGACUCUUGGGGGUCUAUGUUGGAUUGCAUUGCAUAGCGCGGCGUGUGAUCACGGAAGCGAGCAUAACAGGAGUUCGAAGGUACGGUAUUGAUUCCCCGCAUUUUCUUUCCCGGCCUAUCAUCUGCCAGCUGCCAUUGCCAGAUUGGGUCUUCUUUUUGACGUCGUUGCACAAGCAUUUGUCCGGAGCUUGUGCCUCAAUUGGCUCCCGCUUCAUGAUGGGACGUUGUAUCGCGGGAGCACUCAUGGUGGACGAUAAUGAGGUGUGGGUUUCCAGGCCAGUGGUUGUCAGUCGUCGAUUAGGACUAUGGGGAUGAGGUAUGCCGUCAUUGUAGCAUGCUCACAAGGAACCCCUCGGCGUAGUCGCAAGGAGACCCUUCGGUUGAACAAAAGGUCCGAAUAAAUGC